GAUUGGUUGAGAGUCGGAGGGGUGUGACGCGGCAGCCUAUUGUAGGAGCGCGGGCUGCCGCGGGGCGGCUGAGCGGGCCGGGACCGGGAUCCGAAUCGGUGGCAGCAGAGGCAGCGGACAGAUGGCGAACAUGGCACAGGGUGCUGGGAGCCUCCCCAGCGCAGAGCUCUGGGCCUCCCACAAUAAGAUGCUGCUGGAGCCACUCGACAGGAAUGACCCUGAGGUGUACAACAUCAUCAAGAAGGAGAAGCAGCGGCAGAGGCUGGGGCUGGAGCUGAUUGCAUCAGAGAACUUUGCGAGCUGCGCAGUCCUGGAGGCGCUGGGAUCCUGCUUGAACAAUAAAUACUCUGAGGGCUACCCUGGACAGAGGUACUAUGGCGGGACAGAGUUUGUAGAUGAGCUGGAACGGCUGUGCCAGAAGCGAGCCCUGCAGGCAUUCCGGCUUGACCCCCAGAAGUGGGGUGUCAACGUCCAGCCCUACUCAGGGUCACCCGCUAACUUUGCGGUGUACACGGCCCUGGUGGAGCCCCACGGCAGAAUCAUGGGGCUGGACCUGCCUGACGGGGGCCAUCUGACCCAUGGGUUCAUGACGGACAAGAAGAAGAUCUCUGCAACCUCUGUAUUCUUUGAGUCCAUGCCCUACAAGGUGAAUCCCAAGACUGGUUACAUUGACUAUGACCAACUUGAGGAGAAUGCCCGUCUGUUCCACCCCAAGCUGAUUAUAGCAGGUGUCAGUUGCUACUCACGCAACUUGGACUAUGCCCGCAUGCGACAGAUUGCCGACGCCAACAGCGCCUACCUGAUGGCCGACAUGGCCCAUAUCAGCGGGCUGGUGGCUGCUGGUGUUGUGCCCUCACCAUUUGAACACUGCGACGUCGUCUCCACCACCACCCACAAGACCUUGAGGGGCUGCAGGGCCGGCAUGAUCUUCUAUCGCAAAGGCACCCGCAGCACAGACCCCAAGACAGGGAAGGAAACACUCUACAACCUGGAGAGCCUCAUCAACCAAGCGGUCUUUCCUGGGCUGCAGGGAGGGCCACACAACCAUGCCAUCGCAGGGAUCGCUGUGGCCCUGCAGCAGGCCAUGACUCCCGAGUUCAAGGCUUACCAGCAGCAGGUGGUGGCCAACUGCAAGACACUGGCAGCAGCACUGAUGGAGCUGGGCUAUGAUAUUGUCACAGGGGGCUCUGACAACCACCUCAUCCUCCUGGACCUGCGCAGCAGAGGCACUGAUGGAGGCCGGGCCGAGCGGGUGCUGGAACUCUGCUCCAUCGCCUGCAACAAGAACACAUGCCCUGGUGAUGUCAGUGCCCUUCGUCCCAGUGGUCUGCGUUUCGGGACACCAGCUCUCACCUCCCGGGGCUUUCGACAGGACGAUUUCCGCAAGGUGGCUCAGUACAUCCACAAAGGCAUUGAGCUGACGCUGCGUGUGCAGAAGGACAUGAGCCCUAAGGCAACACUGAAGGAAUUCAAGGAGAAACUAGAGGAGGAAAAAUACCGGGGAGAGCUAAAGGCACUGAAGGAAGAGGUGGAGGCAUUCGCAGCAACCUUCCCACUCCCCGGACUGCCAGUCCUGUAAUGGGAGGCACUGUGCCCACUCUCAGAGCCAAGGAAGUACCAGGGACCAUGGCACACUCAUACCACUGGAAUGAGCCCAUUGCCCUGGUGCCUUCUCCCUGCAUCUUCCUACUGGUGCUGACCCCAUGCAGCAGCUCCUCAUCUGGCUCUCCCUCACCUCUCCCUUCCUGUUUCUGACACUGGAGCCCCUCUGAGCUCAGACCAAACCUUUCACCAAUAGAUUUUACAAAUGGGCCUAAGCAGAAGGAAAUCCCUGGCCUCAAGACAAGGUUUGGGAUCGAUCUGCUAUGGGAGCAGUAGAUGAGAUUACACAGAACUGUCUGCCUUCACAGGCAGGAGGGACACCCAGGAGCCAGAACUCAGGGUCCCAUGCCCAGGAACUUCACAGCCUUACAAAAGUCUUCCUGGCUUCAGCCUCCAAGGCUCGCCUUCCUACACACACACACCAGCUCUCCUUUUGGAUCUCCACACAUUUUGCCAGGGCCAAACCUCAUCCCAUACCCAGAGAACAGCCCUGCUGGGGCCACGAGCCCAGCUUCACCACAACACAAACCAACAUCUGCAGGGGUUUCUCAGACCUCUGAGCACACACCUUAUUAGGUAGAACCAUUUUUUAAUAAGCACAGUAAAAUUAAGAAUUUAACCACAAUGUAUGACAAGAAUUAUAAGCUUUAAAAAAUACAACCAAUUUUUGUAUUUCAAAAAUAUCUGAACCCAAAUAAAUAAUUCUUUUUUUUUGU